GCUGUGCUGCGACCCAGCGCGGGUGGGGCGAGAGGGGCUGAGUGGGACACGCGGCCCAGCCCCACUGAGGCCGUGGCAGGGGGAAUGGUGCUCGGAGCUGCCCGGCAUCGGCCCCGUGUCCCCGGACAGCCGCCUCGCUCCCACCGCCCGCGGUCCCUUCUGGGCCGGCCGCCCCACGGACCCCAGGCCGAGCUGUGCCGUGCGGGGACAAACCCCGCUGUCCAACACAGACGUGGUGACACAUCGCCCGGCACCGUGCUCGGGGCGCAUCCCUGCUCAGGGCUCCACGCGGUGCUGUGCGUAGGGCAGGGCCGUGGCUCCGUGCUGUGGGGCAGCCGCGGCCCCCAGGCGCUGCCCCGCACGCCGCCUCUCGCGUCUGGAGCUGCUUUUUGGCACAGACGCCCACGUUCCCUGGUGCUGGCAGGCGCGGGGUGCACACAUGGUUAACGCCGUCCGCCUGCGCUGGGCCCACAUCUGGCGGUGGGAGGGCUGCGCCGUGCUCGUCCCGCUGCUUCGCUCUCCUCCUUUGCUUUCCAGAAGUGCAUUUCCGCCCGGCCAUAGGAGGAGAGGAGGCUGUCACAGGGGUAGGCUCUGCCCUACACCGAGGGGUCUGGCAGCGCGGCACCAAGCAGUGCCCCAGAGCAGCAAAGGCGGUGCGGGGAGAGAACGGCCCUGCCCCAGAGGGUGCUGCUGCAGCAUGGAGGGGCUUUGGACGCUCAGAGUCCUGCUGCUCUCCUGCCUGCUGCUGCCCAACUCUGUGAGCAGCCAGACCAGCCCCAACCCUGACCAGCAUCCAGCGGACCCCGAGGAGGUCCCGUCCAAGCACCAGGCAGUCAGGGCCACGCAGGAGCAGAAGGACAGUGGUGCCCAGGAGGUGCUGCCCCCACGGCCCCACUGCGUCCGCUGCUGUGAGCCGCCCGAGCACCGCUUCUCCUACCCCCAGUACCAGCCCCAGAUCAACAUGACCAUCUUGAAAGGUGAGAAGGGGGAACGCGGUGAGCGGGGCAUGCAGGGGAAGUUUGGCAAGACAGGGGUGGCCGGCAGCAGGGGCCACACGGGGCCCAAGGGACAGAAGGGCAGCGCGGGUGCCCCGGGGGAGCGCUGCAAGAACCACUACGCUGCCUUCUCGGUGGGCCGCAAGAAACCCCUGCACAGCAACGACUACUACCAAACCCUCAUCUUCGACACGGAGUUUGUCAACCUCUACGACCACUUCAACAUGUUCACGGGGAAGUUCUACUGCUACGUCCCCGGGAUUUACUACUUCAGCCUGAACGUGCACACCUGGAACCAGAAGGAGACCUACCUGCACAUCAUGCGCAAUGGGGCCGAGGUGGUGAUCCUCUACGCGCAGGUGAGCGACCGCAGCAUCAUGCAGAGCCAGAGCGUCAUGCUGGAGCUGCGCGAGCAGGAUGAGGUCUGGGUGAGGCUCUACAAGGGCGAGCGUGAGAACGCUGUCUUCAGUGAUGAAUAUGACACUUACAUCACUUUCAGUGGGCACCUCAUCAAGUACAGCGGGGACCCCUGAGUGCCUACACCCCGAUCCUGCUCCCUGGGGUGGGGGCCUGCAGAGCUCCUGCUGCUCCCCUUCUUGGGCACACCACUCUCCUUCCAGCUCUCCUGCUACAUACCACUACCCCCAGCUGUGUGAUAACCCCCCCUCCCCCGGAGGACACUUGAAGGAGAUGGAGACAUUUGUAACCUCUGCUGUAUCCCUGACCCAAGGGCUGGCUGCUCAAUGGAGCAGGCAGGGACCUCGUCCCCACCUGUGCCCAGCUCAGGGCUGGGUGUGCUGGGUGUCUAUGGCAUUGGCUAUGAGCUGGCACCUGCUGGAGCGAUGUGAGCACCUCCGCUGUCCAAUCCUCACCAAUGCACUUGGUCAGCAGGGGGGAGCAGUAAUAAAGCCACUGAACACCACUUCUGCAGAGCGGUGUCCCCUGGGCUGCUGCUUCCCCAGGGCAGAGCCACCAGCAGAUGGGUGCAGCAGCCCUCCCAUGCCGGUUCCCUCACUGUGCCCCACGCCACAGCCACAUCUUGAUGCCAGCACCCAUUGGCAGGAGCUGGCUCCCAGCUGCCCGACAUGCAGGGCCUUCAGCCUCAGCCCCGUUUUUGGGGCUCAAUUUGGGAUCUGUUGGGCAGGCUUCUUGUUUUUGUAGACGCACUGGCAGAGCAGGGCAUGGGGCAGCACGCUGCCUCCUGCUCCGUACACUUGUGAUCGCAUUAAACGCCUCAUGGAUUCGGUUCCUACUCACACUUCCAUCUCAUCUCGUCGCUUUGUGUUCAGGGGCACCUCGAGAGCCGGGCACGGCCGGAGCACAGCCGGGCAGAGAGCAGCGCUCAGGGCUGAGCUCUCUCGGGGCACGGC